AGCAGCCAUGAGGAGCAGGAAGAGGACUGGCUCCACCUGUCCUCUUCUUCCCUGGGCCCCCAGCCCCCCCCCUGCUCCUUAGGGGGCAGCAGCCAUGAAGAGCAGGACAAGGACUGGCUCCACCUGUCCUCUUCCUCCCUGGGCCCCCAGGCCCUCCCCUGCUCCUUAGGGGGCAGCAGCCAUGAGGAGCAGCAGGAGGAGAGAGGUAGACUUAGAACCAGGCUGGUCUCCACCUUGAACGACGUCAAGUACGGCUGGUGGUUCAGGUCCAAAUCUCGCUUCAGUCAGAGCUCUCCUGUCAUCAUGCUGGGACAGUCCUACCUGCUGAGCACUGGAGCUGAGAGGAAGCGUUUCCACAGGGCCUUCUCCUCCCUGCUGUGGCUGACCUACAGGAGGGGGUUCCCUCCUCUCAGGGGGUUGUCACACACACACACCUCACACACCUCCGACAGCGGCUGGGGGUGCAUGCUGCGCAGUGCUCAGAUGCUGCUAGCACAGGGGCUAAUGCUACAUCUGCUGGGUGCUCAGACUGAGCCUGGCCCUACCCCAGGUCCAGGUCCUGGCCCGGCCCAGCGUGUGGUGUCCUGGCUGGGGGACCACCCUGGGGCUCCUCUGGGGCUCCACCAGCUGGUGAGGGCGGGCCAGACGGCAGGGCGGAGGCCAGGGGACUGGUACGGACCUGGCCUCGCAGGACACAUUCUCCGUAAGGCUGUGGCAGCAUCCGUAGAGGUAGCUGCUCAUCUGGUGGUGUACGUAGCUCAGGACUGCACUGUGUACAAGGGUGAUGUGCUGAGCCUGGUUGAGGUGUGUGUGUCAGGUGACUCCCAGGGUGAAGUUCCUGUUGCUGCCAGCAGGGGGGUCCUCAUCCUGGUGCCUGUGAGGCUGGGGGGCGACGCUCUCAACCCCGCAUACAUCAGCAGUGUCAAGGGUCUGCUGGGGUUACAGUGCUGUGUAGGAAUCAUGGGAGGCAAACCCAGACACUCACUGUACUUUGUUGGCUACCAAGGUGAUAAGCUCCUGUAUCUGGACCCUCACUACUGCCAGCCUGCUGUAGACACCACCCAGCCUGGCUUCUCUCUCAAGUCGUUCCACUGUGGUCGUCCUAUGAUGAUGUCCUUCUGUCGGAUGGACCCCAGCUGUACUGUAGGUUUCUACGCCAGGGGAGUGGAGAAUGUAGAGGCUGUCUGCUCAGCUGUCAACACCGUUCUGUCCUCCUCCACAGAGACAUAUCCAGUGUUUACCUUCGCUGAGGGCCAUGCCCAGGAGGAGGAUGAAGAGGGGGGCAGGGCCGUCCUAAACCACACCUGUCUGAAUAGCACCAGCAGCAGAGAUGAGUUUGUUCUGCUCUGAACACACUGGGCCCAGCACUGUCCUGCCCUGAACACACUGGGCCCAGCACUGUCCUGCUCUGAACACACAGGGCCCAGCACUGUCCUGCUCUGAACACACUGGGGUCAGCACUGUCCUGCUCUGAACACACUGGGGUCAGCACUGUCCUGCUCUGAACACACUGGGGUCAGCACUGUCCUGCUCUGAACACUGGGGUCAGCACUGUCCUGCUCUGAACACACUGGGGUCAGCACUGUCCUGCUCUGAACACACUGGGCCCAGCACUGUCCUGCUCUGAACACACUGGGCCUAGCACUGUCCUGCUCUGAACACACUGGGCCCAGCACUGUCCUCCCCUCCUCUCCCUUCCCCUUUCCUCCCCCAAAUGUGACCAAAUGUGUGAAUGGAUUAGCAGAUUAGACUCGUCAGACCAUGUGACUCUCACAAGGAAACACUCAACAGAGAGAGAGACUGUGUAUGUUUCAGCCUGAGAGUGUAUGAGCGUGAGUGUGCGUGUGUUUGUACAAGCAUGUGUCAUCAUAUGGAAUUAACCAAUGAUGGGGUACCAGCUAGCUGCAUGUCCAUGAUGGGGUUCCAGCUAGCUGCAUGUCCACGAUGGGGUGCCAGCUAGCUGCAUGUCCACGAUGGGGUACCAGCUAGCUGCAUGUCCACGAUGGGGUGCCAGCUAGCUGCAUGUCCACGAUGGGGUGCCAGCUAGCUGCAUGUCCACGAUGGGGUGCCAGCUAGCUGCAUGUCCACGAUGGGGUACCAGCUAGCUGCAUGUCCAUGAUGGGGUGCCAGUUAGCUGUAUGGAAGCUGGGAGUGAUCAGUAGUAAUCAAGCUUUUAACAGGAAGUUCAAAUGAGCUGAGUGGUUUUAUAAUAAAUAUUUUACAAACAUAAA